CAAGGAUGUAGUCUGUGUGUGCGUGUGUGUGUGUUUGCAUGCUGUCGAAAUGAUCGGCAGCCUUUUCCUCUCAACAUGCCUGCAGUAAAGCACCUCACUGUACUGGUGUCCCUGUUUGCAGUUUGGGCAGACGCCAAACCUUCCUCUUCAACUAUACAGGUACCAGAGAUAACCACAAGUGCUGCACCGCCCACCAGUUUAGCUGUGACAACAAAAAAUGAUGUCACUCCAAACCCUGUGAAACCCAUCAACAACACCCAAGAGAUGCAACCGACAACACACCAGAUUACCACUGCAGUCCCUUCGCCCACUACUUCCCUACUAUCACCCAACAGGACGGAGGAAACACAUCCCAGCCCUCCUGCAGCGACCAAUCAGACGUCCAAUGAGACAGUUUCCCAUGGGCCGACUUUCCUACCAGCAUCCGAAUCACCAAACGUUACAGCAACCACCACCACCACUGUUAACACAACCAGUCCAGGUCUUUCACAUGACUGGGGGAAAGGUGACUUGGCGGCAAAUCCCGGCCUCGUGGCCAUCCUUUGCAUCUUCUGUAUCGUCUUGGCCCUCGUGUUGGUGGUUGUCACCGUGAAAUGUAUCCGAUCACCGAGGUCCAACUUCGAGAGGCUUGACGAUGUGCCAAUGGGCAAAAUGAGCGAGGAGUCUCCAUUCGCCCAUUACUCAAAAUGACAGUCGAGACCUCAUCAGACUGGUCCAGGACGAGUCCGGACUGCUGUGUGACUCUGAUGUCGUCCACACCAGAAGUGACAAGAAAAAGUUUUAUGUUAUUCUCUCAGGAUCUUAUUUCUUUACGUAGCACUUUUCUCAAAUAUACUGAAGUAUUUAUGCCUCAGCUUUGACCAUUGACCUGCUUAUGUGGCUGAUUUAUUCACUGUUGCACUAACUCUUCCUCCUUAUUCUGAAAAGAGAAUCAGCCUAAAAUGCACAAAUAUAAAUGUUUCCCCGAAUUGGUGAUGUAUGUCCUCGUAAGCACUUCAAAUUCACAAAUGCACUCCUAAUGUAACAAGUGACGUUACAAGAAUACCUUGUUUCCAUUAUGAUUUGGGGAUUUGUGUCUUCAGCAGUGCACAGGAAGAUGUAUUCCAGUGUUAUCUGCAUGUACAAACACCUUUUGGGUGGAAUAUAAUAUUUUUAAUGUUAUUUAUUGCCAUAUAUAAUGUAUAAAUAAUGUCUUCCCAGUAUGGCCUGAGACCUGCAGUGCAGACUAUCGUUGGAGUCCUACAAACAGUUAUCAGAUGCAGAAAUAAACACAUUGGUCGAGUUCAAUUUCAGCAGGAACAAUAUAAAAACAGAAUGUAAUGACUGAUGGCCAAGAAAGAAUAAGACUGCCAACUAACCAAGGAAAGAGAUUUUUAAAAAAGUAUGCAAAAAAUAAAUUAGAGUAAUUAGUAAGUAAGUGAAGUAAUUUGGCUGAUCUGGCAGAUUCAAACAGUUUUGCUUUGUUGGCUCCUGUGUUGAACUGAAAUUAUGGCCAAUUAGAUUAUUUUUGCCUUUAAUAAAACAAUAAAACCAUUGUAUUUCACCAGAUUUUGAUCAAAGCCCAAAGACAAAAAAGUGCUCUCACUCAUUCAUUUUAAUUCUCUGAACCUCCAACAUAUAACUCUCUCUAUUGAGGUCUGAGACACAAACAACUGUCUUCAAAUCAAGAAUAAAAUGUUCAGAUAUACUUUCACACUAUUUCAACAAAGUAAUUUUGUGCAACACGUUUACACUCGGGGGGGCUGCAGUAAAUCUAUGUUUUUGACAAUGUGGAUGUGUGCAUUAUACACUGACUGAGAGAUUGAUGUAAAGUGCAAAAUUGUGAUGUUUUCAAUAAAAUAAAAUGAAUAUUCUUAAAAACUUUAAA